AGUGGAUCUCUCACUCCGCCUAGUGGGUGCGUCACGCGUCAUGUCGGCGGUUGGACGCAGCAGAGUCUUGGGGCGGACCGUGCUUCAGCGGGGGCUGCAUUCGAGCAAGAUGCGUCAAGCAGCGCCUGCUGGAGAUGCAGCCGCGGUCAAGUCAAAAUUGCCCAAGUCAUGUGUUGCUGGGAUCAUCUUUAAUCUCGACUCGGCGGACCGCGCCAACCCAGAGCUGUUGUUGAUUCAACGCGGCAAGGCCCCCAAUCGAGGCGAGUGGACCUUCCCAGGCGGCCACCUGGAACUUGGCGAGACCAUGGCGCAGGGUGUGCGCCGCGAGGUACAGGAAGAGACGGGCCUUGAAGUCACAUCCGUGGGCCCCGUGGCCACGGCCGUCGACGUCAUCACACACCAGCCCAACGGCGAGGUGGCGUUUCACUUCACCGUCAUCGAUCUGUAUGGUUUUGCCCGUGGUACUCCGCGAGCCAGCGACGAUGCUUUGGCCGCCAGCUGGCUACCAAUCCGAGAUUGCCUCACGCGAGUCCCUUGCCACCGAGAUCUCGAGCCCGUGCUCAAGCUUGUAACAGACGCCCUGACCGCAGAACGCAUCGCAUGGCCGGAUGCGUAAUCUUUUUUUGUUGGUGUGGCGCUUCUGCAGCGCGCUUCAGUUGGGCAUGACGUGUUGGAGUGAUACCCAUGUUGUGGUCAUUCAGGAAAGAAAAAAAAUAUGAAAUAAGAAAAACAAAGGACGGGAGUGCAUGGAAGAGUAGAUCGAAGUAAUCGAAUAGACUGUUCGCGCAGCGAAUCAAUUGAGAGCCCGAGGC